GUAUUGCCCUCUUAUAUCUGCAACUGUACCGUGUCACGAAAAAACAGAGCCAUUUGCAGCGAUCUCUUGAUUAUGUGAAGAGAAUCCUUCGCAAUCUGAAUGGCAGAAGAGUUACUUUCCUCUGUGGUGAUGCUGGGCCAUUGGCAGUGGGUGCAGUGGUUUAUCACAAACUCAAAAAUGACAGUGAAUCUAAAGAAUGUGUUGCCAAGUUGUUGCAGCUCCAAAGGACAGUCAUAAGCACAGAUAAUGAACUUCCAGAUGAGCUGCUUUAUGGCAGAGCAGGUUACCUGUAUGCCUUGCUGUACCUAAAUACUGAAAUUGGUCCAGACACUGUCCCACAGUCUGUUAUCAAAGAGGUAAUAGAUGCUAUUAUUGAAUCAGGGAAAAACUUUUCAAAGGAGGAGCGGAAAACAGACCGUUGUCCUCUGUUGUACCAGUGGCACAGGAAGCAGUAUGUUGGAGCUGCCCAUGGAAUGUCUGGGAUCUAUUACAUGCUCAUGCAGCCAAUUGCAAAUGUGGACCAGGAGACCCUGGCAGAGCUGGUGAAGCCAAGCAUUGACUAUGUGCGUCAUAAAAAAUUCCGGUCUGGGAACUACCCGUCGUCACUGAGCAAUGAGACUGACAGACUAGUUCACUGGUGCCAUGGUGCCCCCGGAGUCAUCCACAUGCUCAUGCAAGCUUAUAAGACUUUUAAAGAGGAUAAAUACUUGAAAGAUGCUAUGGAUUGUAGUGAUGUCAUCUGGCAGAGAGGUUUAUUGAGAAAAGGAUACGGGAUCUGCCAUGGUACUGCUGGCAAUGGCUACUCCUUCUUGUCUCUCUAUAACCUAACUCAGGACAAAAAGUACCUCUACCGAGCUUGCAAGUUUGCUGAAUGGUGUUUGGAGUAUGGUGCACAUGGAUGUCGUAUUCCUGACCGACCUUAUUCUCUCUUUGAAGGUAUGGCUGGAGCUAUUCACUUCCUCUCAGAUAUUUCAGUACCGGAGACUUCCCAGUUUCCAGCAUUCGAACUUGGACCUCAAAGGAGGGAAAACAAAGUGGAACAAGACAGCUAAAAACAUCGUUUUGAAAGGAAACUGAUGCCAAAAGAGAUGAGACUGUUUAGUGCCUCUGAUAGUGAACCAGCUCGACACUGAACUGACAGAUGGAUAAACCCUUUUUCUCACCUCUCCUGCCCCAAGGGACCAUGAAGUCAUUAGAGCAUGAACAGGAGAAGCCACAUUUAAGUUCUGUUAAAGUGACACCUUCAGAUGUAGGACAAGAGAAGUCAAGUUUUGAACUUUCUCUCUUCCCUUGUAUUUGUCUUCUUCAGGUCUUUGACACGCUCUGCAUGUUUAUUGGUGUUGUGUGUUGAUUCAAGUCUUUUGUUGUUAGC